GCAAUUUUUCAUAAGUGUCGAUUAGUUUCUCGAUUCUUGAGUUGUUCAGUUUCAUAGAAAAAGAGAAUCCUCGUGGAAGGUUUGCGUGGAUCCGCUCCUGUUGUAUGCCACUACCACCUCAGCAUCGUCAUCACCAUCUCCCUGGCUCCUCCGUAACGGAUAGGCUUCACCUCCAGAACGGAACUCCAGUCUGCUUCCAGUGUCUCCCUCGAGAAUGCUCGUUGGUUUAGUCGGAGUUUGGCUCUCCCAACGCGCGGUUCGUGGCCACUCAAUUGGCUUAACCCAUCAGAGAACCGAUCCAUGCACUGACAGAAAAUCUCUUUCACUAUCAAAUUUCUUUCACUCAUAUCUCAUAGUGUUCGUUGGUCUUCGAUAAAUCGAAGCAUCCGCGGGGUAGAAAGUAGGAAAUCUCUUUCAUACUCGGUGUCAUAUUCAUUUAUAACGUUCAUAGUGUUUCGAACGAAACAAAAGACUAUAUUAUCGCUCGGAGUAUUUGUUGAUAGAAGAGAAAAAUAUGUGGGAAGAAAUAUCGUCGAGAUACCGAAGACACAGGAUGAUCGACACUUAAAAGGAGUGCCAUUCGUCCCGGCGAAGAGGAGGAGGCGCAUAAGGAUGCGCUUACGCAGGAAACGGCGCAUGUCCCGGUGACGUUACAGAAACUUGGAUAAAAAGAAAAAGAAAAGUAAACAGCCAUAGCAGAAGAUAACCACGGAAGGACGGAUGACGCGAUGAGACUGACGAUGAGCCCGAUUAUCCUGUCGUGGGCCACAGCGAGCUGGCUAGGUCCAACCGGAACUACGGCGAUACGAGGCCAAGCAUCGAAGGAUUACGAGCUGUCCACGGAAUUCUUCCUGGUACCCAGCGACGUGGCGAUGGACAAGAACGGUUUGGCCAGCGUGGCCAGUGUCAUCAGUGUACCAGCACCGAACAGGACUGUUUCGGUGUUCAAAAUGCCGGGAAAGAAGAGCCCGGAGAUCGAGCCCGAUACUCGACUGUACUCGAGGUCCUUGCUCAGACAACGACCCUGGGCUCUUCCUCUGGCGGCCCUCAGCGCAGCCACGAUGCUCCUCAUGGCUGGCUUCGAGGUUUUCGUACUGCUCAAGGCAAGGGUUACCGCGCCAAACAGACGACAUUUAUUUCUGGGACAAGCUCUACUUCUAGGACUGUUCCUAUUGGCAGGACUCUCAGCAGCAGCGUCCCUUAGUCAGAAUCCUUUAUCCUGUGCCGCAUUUAGAUUAGUUGGUUUACCAGCUGCCCUCGUAUUUGCGGCUCUCUUGGUCAAAUGCGUGUUUCUACUUUCUUUGAACAGCGGCGUCUAUCUGCCAGCACCUUAUCAAGCAUUGGUAUUAGGAUUCGCAGUGCUGGUGCAAGUAGCUAUUAUUGGGCAAUGGUUUUACGGUGAACCACCCGCGGUGGUCCAGAUACAAAACACCGGGCCAAUCUCCUCGAGCUCCUGUUGCAAAACUCCUCUCGGACAGAUCGUUGCUUCCCUCGGGUAUCCUGGCGCACUGCUGGUCGCGGUGGCUUGCUUGGCGGUACGAGCCCGGGGCGUUCGAGACAACAACCGGGAAGCGGCAUUUAUCGGGCUGGCUGUUGGUUUAUCGCUUCCGAUUUGGAUAUCAAGCGCGAUCGGCUCGGUGGCAGCUUCCUCGGAGAGCGACAGAGAAGCUUGGCUUGCCUACGGUUUAUUAACUACUUCCCUUCUCGUGUUCCUGACAAUGUUUCUGCCAAAGGGCCGCCAGUUAGCCGCCCUCGGCCGAGAGGCUCCUGCGACCGUGAUCCGUGAUCGAGACGAUGCUCUCAGCUCGCUUCCUGGCAGCGGUUACUCGCCUUCCUUUUUCCACUUCAAACCAGUCGAGGCUUCUUUGAAGAGAAAAAUGCAUUAUCACAGCGGUGAUCGUGUGGCCUUAGUUUCAUCCGCUAUACCUGGAUGCACAGCCUGCAGGCAUGGUGGAAGUCCCAUAUAUUCUGAUGAUGUUCACGGCCCAAUGGAGACGUUUGUAUUGCCACCAGGAAUGUACUUAAGGCCAGAAGACGCAGGAAACUUGUACACAACUUUAUCAGCGAAUCCGAAUGUAUUCUUUCAACGAGCAGCUCAUCCUGGGAUGAUGUACUGAUAAUUUCCCGGAAACUGUUUCAGACACAAAAGUCCGCGAAUUUGAUAAGAGGACUGCUUUUCUACGUUCUUAUAUUAGAUAACUAUGAAACAACGGAGACUUCGUUUCCUAUUUGUUUGUCUUGUUAUUGUAAAUAAUAUCAUGUACGAGCGUUGCUCGAGACUAUUCAUUUUUCUGUGUCUCGGUUAUGCUCGAUUAUUUCGAUAACAAAUCAAACUGUAGCAGUUGAAGGCGAAUUACGCGAGAAAUUAUAAUAAAGGUACGAUACAUUUUUUUUUAUAU